CCACAAUGCCUCCAAAACCAACAGCAACAGCACUUUUGUUCGAUAUUUGCCAAUUAUCGAUAUAUCGAUGAAUUUCUUACAUCCCUACUGUACAUGAACUAGAAAAAUAUAACCCAAGCCAACUCGGAGCAGCAUAAUUUGUUGAUUUUGCGCGUACUAGUGAAAUCAAAACAAAAAACAACAAAUGUAAUCAUGGUUGGCCGGAAUGCCAAAGCGCUGUCACAUUUCCACCGCCUUACCGAGUAUAUUGUGCAAUGCAAGCACUGCGAUAAAACUCUCUCAUCAAAACAUACAUCUUCCAACUUGACGCGCCACCUAAUCCGUAAUCACAAGUUAUUAGCGCGAGCGAUAUUUGCCGGGGACGAGGGAAAAAUGCUAGCAGAGCUAAAGGAAGAGUUAAAUGCACCAGAUCCUGAGCCUGAUGUUCACAUGGAUGUCAAUCUGGUUGAGCGGGAGACCAAAACGGCGGUGCGCACAAUUAUUGACAACCAGCAUCAGGCUCGCCAGGAGCAACAUCAUGCCGAACGCAAUAAAGUCAUAGGCAAAAACAAUAAACUGUGGGCGCAUUUUGUGCGCAUAUCAGAGUUUAUGGCCAAAUGUAAACAUUGUAGCAAAACGCUAUCCUCGAAACAUUCAUCGUCCAAUCUGAUGCGUCACAUUAUUCGGCGGCAUCAUAAUUUGUCGAAAAACCUGAGCUACUCUCAACACAGCCUGAUAUCGCCAAAGAAGGAGCUAAUGCAGCAUGAUGACCGUAGGCAGGGCGAUCCAUUGGAAAAGGUCGACUUUGAUGAUGUGGAUAGCAUCAUUGAGAAGGUCACGGAUCACAUGGACGAUGAGUUUACGUCGGUCUCGCUACAGGAGCCCUUCUACGAAUAUGUUGUAGACAAUGCAGAUGUCAUGGUACCGCGACAUUGUGAUGAGGAUCCUUCGAAUAUGGCCCACGCCCUGGAACAUCCGGGUGACACGAAUUCAAUGGGCGAAGCAACCACGCAACUGGAUGAAAAGCUGAAAGCGGAAACAAUAUAUUACAAUGAAAUGGCUGAAUUAGCAAGAGCGAAACGGCGAUUAAUUGAUCUGCAAACGAAGAAGCUUUUACUUGACAUGAAUGUAGUUGACGGUAACUAAUUUAGAGAGUUC